AUGAAUGCCAUCCAGGUGAUUUCCCUCACUUUGCUGUCCAUUGUGGCAGCCGGUGCUCAGUCUAUAAAACCAGGAAGAUGCCCCGUGCCUGCCGUUCAGGAGAAAUUUGAUGCUGCAAGGUAUCUUGGUAAAUGGCAUGAGAUCCAGAGACUGUCAAACAGCUUCCAGAAGGGCCAGUGCAGCACUGCCACCUACAGCCUGCAAAGCCCAGGAGUCGUUGGUGUCCUCAACAAGGAGCUGCUUCCUGACGGCACCAUUGACAGCAUCAACGGCACUGCCAAGGCCGCAAGUUCAUCUGAGCCUGCCAAGCUGCUGGUCACCUUCUUUGAGAACACUCCCCCUUCCCCAUACUGGGUUCUGUCCACCGACUACGACAACUUCGCCCUGGUCUACAGCUGUACUGAAAUGGAAUCGUUACAUGGGGAGUUCAUCUGGAUCCUGAGCAGAAAUCCCACCCUUCCUAAGGAGACCCUGGAGGAGCUGCAGAGCAUCCUGUCCUCUUUUGGAGCCAGUGUGGAGAAUCUGCUUGACACCAAUCAGGAUAGAGAUUACUGCAGAGUCAUGCACGAGUAA